AUGAUGAAACGUCGAGUGGGUAGUUCGGAGGAGACUGUACUGGUGCGAGCGGUACGUGAUUGGCCGUCGUGGCUAUUCCAUCAUCUGCCGUUCGAUUAUGCAGUGCGAGUGGUGGAUUGCUUCGUGGUCGAGGGACAUAAGAUGCUGCUUCGUGUUGCACUGGCGAUCAUUUACAUAUGGUCCAAAAAGAGUAAACGACAUCAUGUGGAUAUGACAUCAAAAAGUGUUGAGGAACGCGCUGACGCGUUGGCGACCGAGUUUGCGGAGACAGCUUCAAAUUGUCCCGUUUCCAUACAAACA